UUUCUUAGCCACUAAGAUCUCGCCAGGGGCAGGCUCCCAAGCCUUCCAAUGCGGGACGUGGGCAAACUCUAGUUCUCCCAAUCGGUGCGCGACGCUGGCAAUUCAAACUGACAGCCUGUUGGAAAGGCAGAGAGAGCGGAAGAGGGAGCAAAAAACGACCUGUUCGGUAGCAGAGACCUCAAUCGGUGGCAGAGACCUCAACGCCGUCUGAGCCCCCAAAGCGACCUCUGUCCCGCCCCACCCAUACCACCGCGCGCUCUGGAGCGGCCGUUCGGGAGAGACUUGAGGGGACUGCGGGGGGCACGAGGGAGAGCCGAGGGGAGAGAGACGCGAGAGGAACCGCGCGAGAGCCCGCACGCUAAGGGCUGGGGGCUGCGGGGAGAGAAGUGAAGCGGUGGGCCCGCGAACGAGCAGAACAGAGGAGGGUCGCGGGAGGCCUAAGAAGCACCCAGGAUCCUUCCAGUGGGAAAGCUGAGGAGAUUUCUGAAUUCUGGGGAGAGGAGAAAGAUUUCCAAAGAGGAGGCGUGGGUAGGAAAGCUUAGCCUGCGAUCCCAGAGAGAGGAAUUGGAGCUCUCCGUGGGAGGGGCUUAAGAGGGAAGGUUUAGAUAAAACACGGGAGAAGCUGAGGGAAUUGCCAAAGGGGCGGGAGUUAAAGGGUAAAGGAUCCUUCUAGACUGGAGUAAGGGAAUAUUGCAGAAAAGUUCCCGAGGCAGCUUGCCUUUUGUCUCCUCUCCACUCCCUUGCCCGAAAGUUGAAGAGAAAGUCAAAGUUGCUAUUUCUCCCGUCCCUGUUCAGUAAAUAUUACUUAUACCCUCCCACGGGAAAAUCGAAAAGGAACUCAUUCCCUUCUCGAUUUUAGGGCCUAGAAAAGCUCGAGGCCUCGCAAUUUGAUUUUUAACCUGGGGCAUCAAACUAGGAAAGGAAUAGCUCUUGUUUCCACUUUGAAAAUCCCACAUCUCAUCCUUCCCCGGACGCCAUGUCUACCAGCUGUUGUAGUUUCAAGGACCGCCGCGUGUCCAUCCUGUGUUGCAAAUUCUGUAAACAAGUGCUCAGCUAUAGAGGAAUGAAGGCUGUUUUGCUGGGCGACACUGAAAUAGACCUUUUCUCUACAGACAUCCCUCCUACCAAUGCAGUGGACUUCAUUGGAAGAUGCUAUUUCACUGAAAUCUGCAAAUGUAAACUGAAGGACAUCGCAUGUUUAAAAUGGCGUAAACUUCCUACUUUGGGGCAACUUGCCAGAGAUAGAAGAGAGUACAGAUGAAGACAUGUUAGAUAUCUCAGCAGAGGAGUGUAUUAGAUGAAUAGAAUUAUGAUAUAUAUAUCUAAUUUACUUUUUCCUAUUUAAAAUAUAUAUUAAUGGAUCAAUUUCUAAAUUGUUAGUGAGAAUUUGCCAGUGAUUUCUUUUUUCCAAAAUCAAAAAAUGGGGCAUUUGUUGAUUUAUUUAUUUAUUGUCUCGAAUGAAUUCCCUGUGUGGUUCUUUUCUUCUGCUUCUACUUCUAGCCUUCCUCUCUUCCAUCCAUCCCUCUGCUUGGUAUAAGUGUAUUCUGUAUUCUUUUUUUUUUUAAGUGUAUUCUUAAAUUCAGACAGUAGAAGAUUCUUUCACGUGUCACUCAGCUAUCUCCCAAUCUGGGGAAGUUUUUCUUACAACAAGAUGCCAGAUGCCGUUAAUUUUACAUUCCUAAAUAAGCAGCAUAACUAUCCACCACAUACAUAUCACCAUGCAUAAAUCCAUUAUAUGAAUCCAUGUGUAAAACCAUGCAUUUAAGCAGGCAUAUAUGGGUGAAGCUCAGCCGGGAAUUAAAGCUUAACAGGGAAUUUUCCGUGGUCCAGUAUCUAUGGGUACUGGCUAGCAUAUGUUAUACUGGUGGUAACCAUGUUACUAUGGGACAAGACUUUGUGAAUCAGCAAAUAGAAUAAAUUAAAACUUUAAAAAUAAAAUGAUGGAAGAAACCCUCUUGAUUCCUCAGCAUGAUAUUAGAUGUAUAAAUUUGUCAGAAAAUGAUCAAUAUAUACUGUGUAUCAAUAUUAUUUAUUUACAUUCCUCUAAAGUCAUAUGGAUAGUGUAUUAUGAAAACCAGAUAAACUGAACCUCCAUCUUUAACUUAUCCCAUCCUCUAGGGCUUUCUCUGUAAAUAGCAAAUUUUAGAUGAGUGGUCUCAGUUCCAAUUCUUAGACAGAAAAAAAAGGAAAGAAGUGGCUUGCUUAUGCCUUUGUACAUUGUAAAGAGGUGGGGGGUUUUUCUUAAUUUUGUUUAGUUUGGAGCUGCAUUCAGAGCUACACAGGGACUAAGACACUGGGAUAAUGUUAGGUUCCUGUUUUAUGUUUAGCUAAAAUUAAUGUAUCCUUUUAAUGAAGAGCUAUAGGCCUUUUGUCAACAGCGAUAUCAAAUCAGACCAUGUUACGGUUUUGUAAAUAAAGUUUUGUUCUAAAAAUGA